UUCAAUCGUCUUCAACCUUUAUUUUGCUCUAGAGCUGUCGGACAGAUCCAGCGGCCGUCUGUUCUCUCCGAGUCUAACACGUUCUCUGCUACCGUCAGAUAGGCCCUAUAGGAAGGUCUACGUGCUACCGAUGCUACCUCACUUCAUCUAAGAACAGAACAUGUUGACGUCCAAGUCUUCGAGUACUCUGCCGAUGAAUUUUGCAGCAUCUUUCACUAUGAUCUUGUGGUCUUCUUUCGAGGCCGAGGCAAAUAAGACUUGCCAUUUACGGCCGAAAUUUGCACGAUUUUCCCCGCAUGUGACGAGGAGCGGCCGAUAUGGGGGGAUGACUCCCAGUUUAGAGCACGAGUGACGAUACUUUUCCUCAAAGCAAUCGCUCUUCGAAAAGCCUGAAGUCCCAUUCGCAUACGGAGCUACCAGGUCCUCGCCUUUCUCCCACUCCUCCUUAGCAUUCCCGACGUCGCUCUGCGCCUCAAGUGGUUUCACGACCUGCGUUCGCAUCCUCUACACUAUUUCCGAGGAUGGGACUCAACCUGUUCAACAUAAAGGAAGAUCCCGCUAGACCGAGCCCUCGCGAAAUUUAUAACUGGCGUGUGUACGUAUUGGCGAUCGCGGCUUCGUGGGGAUCUGCAGCCUUUGGUUAUGACUCGGCUUUCAUUGGAGGGACCCUGGGUUUAACGUCGUUCAAGAACGAUUUUGGGAUCGACAGUACGAGUUCGACAGGCUUACAAGCUAGGAUCGUCUCGACGUUCCAAGCUGGAUGUUUCUUCGGCGCUAUCCUAAUAUAUUUUUUCAACGAACUCUAUGGCCGUAGACGCAGCCUACUCCUUGCUGGAACGGUCUUCAACGUCGGUGUUAUACUUCAGUUAUGUUCUGCCCAUCGGAUCGGUAUGCUUUAUGCUGGAAGGGCACUCGCUGGGCUGGGCAUCGGCUCCAGUAGUCUUGUCAUUCCACAGUAUAUCUCGGAAUGCGCGCCAGCAGGCAUCAGAGGUGGCCUCAUUGGCAUGUUUGAAAUUUUAUUGCAAAUCGGCACGGUGUUCGGUUUCUGGAUCAACUACGGCGUAAACAAAAAUAUGGCUGCCACACGCUCACAAUGGCAAAUUCCCGUCGCUAUCCAAUUUAUCCCUAUCAACCUCAUGAUCAUCAUCAUGUACUUUAUGAUCGAAACGCCCCGCUGGUUGGUACUCAAGGGAAGGGAAGAGCAGGCCUUGAAGAACUUGACCUGGUUGCGUCAACUCCCUGCUGACCACUCGUACAUCCAAAACGAAAUGGCUGAAUAUCGUGCUCAACUCGAGCAUGAGAUGCACAUUACCAACGGGACAGGCCUUGGCGCUAUCAUCCGCGAGUCCUUCUCUCCGCAGAUUCGCUCAAGGAUUUUUAUCGGUUGUGGCCUUCAACUUGCGCAGAAUACGACUGGUAUCAAUGCUAUCAACUACUUUAGCCCGAGCAUCUUCGAGGCCAUCGGCUUCUCGGGCACGUCUGUAGGGUUGCUAGCGACAGGAGUGUAUGGGCUCGUAAAGACGGCUUUUUCAACCUUCUCUUUCAUCGUUCUCGUCGACCGGUUCGGACGGCGACCACUACUUCUCAUUGGCUCGGCAGGAUGCAUCUUAUCGCUCUACUACCUCUCCGGCUUCUCGAGUAUUACACACUCUUUCUCCGAUUCAGCCACGGGCGGUCCAGCGAGCAGAGCAGCCAUAGCUAUGAUUUACAUCUACGCUAUGUUCUAUGCUACUUCGUGGAACCUCUCCUGGAUCGUAUGCGCGGAGAUAUUCCCGACACGAGUACGGUCUUUCUGCCUCGUACUCACCACCUGCUGGCAAUGGCUCGGCCAGUUCAUCGUCGUCUAUUCCACACCGUACAUGAUUGAACACAUCACCUACGGCACCUUCCUCUUCUUCGGUUCGUGCACCGUCAUCGCCUUUUUUGCGAUAUGGCUCUUCUUGCCCGAGACGAAGGGAGUGUCGCUGGAGAAUAUGGACUUGUUGUUUGAGAAGCGGGGCUUGGCGUGGGUAAAGAGGAGGGAGUAUGAUGUGGUGAUGGAGGCAAGGAGGAGUGGGACUGUGACGGAAGUGAGCUCGCAGUCGGACGCGUCAGGUGUGGCGGGCGAGCCGGAGAAGGAAGAGAGGAAUCUUGUGGAGAUGGCAUAGGUGCACUCAGUGGUCAAAAGUCGAUCCAGGUGGAGGAUUGUGCAGUGAGCCUGAGGUGCUCCGACAAAAUUGUACGUUACUAUGGAACGAUGCAGCGGUGAGCCGUCGCCGCACAGGAAAUGAACAGGAUUAGGC